CAGUCUUUAAACUAAAGUCCUUUUUCUUCUCUCUCCUUUUUGAGAAGAAAUUCCCUUAAAAUUCUUCAUAUUCUACUUGAAAAAGCUGAAUUUUUCAUUGUAUUUUCAAGAAUCAAAUAGAAGGUACAAGAGAUAAUAUUUGUGAAAAAUCCAAAAAAAAUAAAAUGAUGGAGAAUCAAGAUUUGGGAUUGAGCUUGAGUCUAAAUUUUUCAGAUAAAAGAACAGCAAAUCCAUUGCAGCUAAAUUCUUUGACUUCUUCACCUUUCAAUUUAUUUCAGAAAAAUUCUUGGACUGACUCAUUUCCUUCUUCAGAUCAAAACUUGGAGAAAUGCAGAACAUUUUUGAAAGGAAUAGAUGUGAAUAGAGUACCAACAAUUACAUAUGAAGAAGAAGAAGAAGAAGAAGCUGGAGUUUCUUCACCAAAUAGUACUAUUUCAAGUUUAAGUGGAAAUAAGAGAAGUGAAAGAGAAAUAACUUGUUAUGAGGAAUUGGAAAUAAUGGAAAGAGAAUGUUCUAGAAGUAUUAGUGAUGAAGAAGAUGGAGAAACAUCUAGAAAAAAACUAAGGCUUACUAAAGAUCAAUCUGCUGUUCUUGAAGAGAGUUUUGGAGAACACAACACUCUCAAUCCUAAGCAAAAACAAGCUUUGGCAAAGAGACUAGGAUUGAGGCCUAGGCAAGUGGAGGUUUGGUUUCAAAACAGAAGGGCAAGAACAAAGUUGAAGCAAACUGAAGCAGACUGUGAGUUCUUGAAGAGAUGUUGUGAUAAUCUAACUGAAGAAAACAGGAGAUUACAAAAGGAAGUUCAAGAACUAAGGGCACUAAAGCUAUCACCUCAAUUCUACAUGCAAAUGACCCCUCCCACCACCCUCACCAUGUGCCCGUCGUGUGAGCAUGUCGCGGGCCCAGCCGCUCCGUCCGCAUCGAGGUCCACAACCAUCCACCCUCGGGCCAACCAGAUGGUCCUGUCCCAACAACGGCCCGUGCCGUUUAAUCUCUGGGCCACCUCUCCCGUCCCGCACAGGCCGGAAGGGCAAUUUGGUCAAAUGGGCUCAUUACUAAUCUUGGAAAAUCCAAGAACCUGAUGUGUAUGUAUGAAAAAAUAGGUCUAAGAUAUGGUGGUUGAAUUUUAGAGAUUUUGAUGGGACUAAAUGUUUUCUUGUUUUUACGAUAGAUCCCAUGUUUUUUCUUGUAUUGAUCAGCUAGGGUGAGUAGUCAAUUUUUACUCUAUUUAGUAUAGUAAGAUGCAAAUGGUGGAGACUAGGCACUAGAGGAGAGGACUUUAGAUGUAAAAUUUAAUCAAGUGAUAUCCAAUUAUUCAAUUGCUCCUAAAAA